AUGGCGACAAGACCCAAUGACGAGAUUGCAACACCCGAGCUUCUGUGGGGCGCCCUGCAACGCUUCCCUGCCCUCCCGCCUCGCAGGGGACACCCGUGGACGGGGGCCGGCGGGGGAGAGGCAGGCUCGCCGGGGCCCCGGGGCGGGUGUGGGCCCGGCCGGCCGGGACGGGCGCCUCGGGCCCCCCUUGCGCGGCAGGGGCGGGGCCUUCGCACCCCGCCCGUGCACCGGCCGCGGCCCCUCCCGGACCCCGGAAGACCCCCGGGCAGUCCCGGCGCCCGGCCGAGCGCCUCCCGGCAAGUCCGCGAGGGCCCGGGCCGCCCCGCACGGAGCGCCGCCUCCGCGGCCGGCUGGGGCGCCCCGCGGCCCCCGAGCCCGCGCUCGGCACCGCCAGCCCGCCCGCCUCCCUGCCGGCGGGGCUGCGAAGGGCCCGCCGGGGGACGCCCGGGCGCCGCGCCUGCCGCGCCUCCUCCCGCGGGAGCCCCGCGCGGGGCCGGCGGCGGCGCGGCCGGCCGGAGGAUCCGCGAGCCCCUCCGAGCCCCUCCGGCGCCCGCCUUCCGCGCCCGCCCCGCUCCCCGCGCCGGCCGCGGCUACGGCGCUGCCUCCGUUGCCCCGGACGGGGAAGCGCAGCCGGGCCGGCGCUUCGGGGACCUCCCCACCACGAACCCGCCAGCCGCUCCGCCUUCACACGCGCAGCCGCGCCUCGCGGCUCCCGCGGGGAACCCGGGUCGGACAAACCACGGCUUAGCGGGCUUGGCGAAUCGGGGCCCAGGUCCGGCCCACACCCGCCGCCGAUUGGGCGGGAGGGGGAGGCCCCGCCUCCUCUGGCUCCCGGUUGGCCGGGGAACUCUCCUCGCCGGCCCGCAGCCCGUGAGUGACGGCGCCACCCCCCGCUGGCGCCGGCUUCGCGCGUGCGCAGCCCCUCUUCCGCCGCCGCCGGCGCGAGCGUUCCGGGCGGCGGCGGCGGCGGCGGCAGUGAGCUGGGAGCCGUCGCGGCGCGCGCGCAGAGUCGCGUGUGAGUCGGGGUCGCCGGCCGGCAGCGCCCGCCGCCCCUCCGGGCCGGUAGACUUGAACUGCCGGCAGGCCUUGUGGAUCCUGGCCGGAAAGGACUUCAGAAAGCAGAAGCAGGUCCGGAGCUCGGCAGCCUUCCGGCAGGGAAGGGAAGAGAGCCCGCGGGAAGGACACCCUCGGACCCUCCUCUGGGGUGCGCGUUUUGCUCGUUUGCUGGGAAGCAGGUUGAGAAGCUCAUUCAGAGGCCCUGAGACCCCAGAAGAACUGCCAGCCAGAAGGAUGAAUCCCGGGGCAGAGACCAGAAAGCCCCUGCGGGCCAAGAAGACGAUGGCGCUCAGCAGCCGGAAGCAGGUGGAGCUGCUGAACAACCUGAAGAUGGUCCAAGGCGCAGAAAGAACGGCGGCUGAAGAGAGGCCCGUCUGCCUCCCGGCAGCCGAAGCAAACAGUUUGCACCACGGUUCCCAGGACGAACCUGGCUGCCAGACUGGUGCCGGCCAGAAGCCGCUCCCGGCAAAGGAGCCGGUGGCCAGCGUGGUUGUGAAUUCCGAAAUCAGUAUUUAUAACCAUCACGGAGAAACACUCAAAGACCUCCCGAGCCCGGACGUCAAGCAGUUUUUGAACGCCAGCGCUUUGCAGGAUAUGCUCUGUCGCUGGUACGAAAAAGAAUCCGGGUCCCCCUCGUUGAAGCCAGCUGAGGUGCACUCGGAACCAGCUGGCCAGCUUCCGGAUCCGCUCCCGGUCACCUCUUCCACGAACCGAAUUGCUGCCGUGGAUGCAGUGGCCAAAACAGCGGGAGAGACGCCAGCCCGCCAAACUAUCCCAGUGUUGCAACGGGAAGACAGCCACUUCCAGGUGCCUGAAAAAGAGGACGCUCUGGCAACGCCACCAGGUGAUGUUCAGAGGAAGAGGGCAGCUGCCAACAGUGACGAAGAUGUCCUUUCCAAGCGCAUCAAACCUUCCAGCGAACCUGUGGAGGAUGGCAGUCCAGGCUUGGAUAAAGCGCAGUCUGGCCUGGGAAAGGUCAAGUGCUUUAUUCAAAAUCAGCUGGAGGUCUCCAUGGGAGCGUUGGAACACGGUCUCCAAGAUUUAAGUGAGAGGAUUGCUCGUACGCAGUGCCUGCGGAAGCACGAAGGAAUCGCAAUUAAGAUCGUAAAGAAGCUCUCCAGACUCGACAGGCGCAUUAAUGCCGUGGUAUCUUUCCAGCAGACAGAGUUAUCCGGGAAAGUCAACCACCCCGGGGCACGUGCUCAAAGUAAAGUAUUAAAUUGUGCCACGCUGCUUCCUGGCACGGCAGAUGGUAAGCCAGCACUAUCGAAAAAGCCAACAUCAGCUGAAACCCUCUCUCCAGCCGUGGAAAGGUCAUCUGAGGCUGAUGAGCCCCCUUGCGCCGAUGCGCUGAAGAAAAGCUCAGGGGUGCUGGCAGCGAGGGCUCCAGCUCAUCCAACAAAAGCAGCUGCCGGAAGCCUGGAUUCUCCAGCUGAGCAGGUGAGCGAGUCCAAGGUCAGCUUUGAAGCCAUGCUACGCUUUCCGUCCCUUCACCCUUCUCAGUCCUUCUUCCUGUUCUGCGGUGACAAAAGAGCCAGAAUUCUGAGUAUCUUUGUUGCGUUUUGUAUUUAUAUUCUUUUUGUGUGUGUUGGCAAAGAAGGGAAGAAAAACGUUGCGGGAAGGAGACGUUCGUCCCACGAAAGCCUGCCGGCGAGUCUUCCGCAGCCUGGGAGACAAUCCCCAAAUCAGGUGCCCUCGAGGUUUCCUCACCUCCCUCCGUUGCCAAGCGUUGAGCCCGACCCAGAGCACCUGAAGGACUUCAGAGACACGCUGCCGCCCCAGAAACUGGAGCUGGCGGUCGCUCAGAUUAACCAGCCCAAAGGCAUCGCCCUCCAGUGGAACGUCAGCCGAGUGGACCCCAGGUGUGCUCCCAUUGAAAGCUUUUCUUUGUUCAUCUGCCUAGAGGAUGCCAGCAGCGGGGCGACCUCCGACUGGAAGAGGACCAGUGUCCUCAAGGCCCUGCCUCUACCCAUGGCCUGCCUGCUCUCUCAGUUCCCAAGUUCGGCCAAGUGUUACUUCACCAUGCAGUCCAAGGACAUUCACGGGCGCUACGGACCUUUCUGUGAGAUUCAGUCCAUCUCUGCCCUGUAGAUGGAGCGAGCCUGUUCCUGGGGGCGAGGCAGGACCCAUUCCCACUGACACCACUUUCCUGGAUGCUCUUUAGGGGUGUCCUCUCCCCAGCUCGCUGUGUUGAAAGCACCACAUGCAGUUCUUGGUUGGCCGUUGGCCAUCUUCUCCUGCACGAAGCUGGCAGCAAGCACAGGAGAACUCCGGGGUGGAGGUUCAUGAAGCCAGCCUUUGGAAGCUGAGGUCUCCAAACAGGCUUGCCUAAGAUUUCCCCGAUUCACAGUCCACAAGGCUGUCCAGAACAGUGAGAUUCGCAGUGCAAGAGGCCUGAAGAGCACCAAGUAGGGGAAGGUUGCAUUAAGUUUAGUUUUCAUUCCCUCACCGGCAAGAAGAGACAUGCAGAGUGUUCCUCUUGUCCCAAAGCCAUGUGGGUUAAAAAUCUUUUUUUUUUUAAAUGAAGUGCCUUUUAUGUUGGGUUUUCCUGCGGGCUUAUCGUAUUUUCCUAAUUUUGUAAAAGGCCCGAUUAGCACUGGUUUAACGUGGCCACCGUAUUCUCAUCGGGGUCCACUGUCAUGGGUGGGUCGUGUGCGCCCGCCCCAACGACCGCCUUUCCCUCCAGAAGUGAUUUCCUGACCUACAGCCGCAUUACUGAAGGGCUGAAAUAGUGGGGUCCCGCCGGCUACGAUCUAGCGGGCCAGGGAACCGGGAGGCCUCCGCCUUGCUUGUCCCUUCCAGCACAGUGGGGAUAACAGUCCAGGGCAACAUUUCUCUAAUUCUGCGUCUCAAAAACGGAGCAAGAGGAGCACAUUUUUCUAACUGCACCCCCCUUUCCAAAGCAAUACGAUGCACCAUUCCUGAGCAAGGCUGAAUUUCAGAGCCAGUCGUUCAGUGGAAAGGCGUUCCGCUUUUUCAGAAGGGCAAGGGUCUUGCCACCUUGGUGCUUCAAGCCAAGAGCAGCGUGUUCUGUGUUUCCUUCCUGGCCCACCCUGGGUCCAGGGCUGGGUAAACUGCCAGGCAGGGGGCCCGCCUUUCAGCUGGGCCACAGUAACUGAACACGGCUUCCCCCCUCGUUUCUGGGUCCUCUGAGCCGCAUGGCCUCUGCGGUGCCCAUGGCCUGGAGGGCAGUGAGCAGUAACUGUGUCUGUGCAGACGUAUUCCAAGCAUCCUUCCUUGCUUGUAAAAAAAAAGUGAUUACAGUGCAAAAACGCUGCUCACCAGGGAGUAACUUUGCUUGUUACUGAGAACUGGUAUAAAUGUCUGUUUGGUAUCAAUCGUGCUGUACAGCACGAUCUCGGGCAGCCCUCUCCCGCUGGGUAUCCUCCUGCUGGGCCCACUUGGCCACCUGGAAGCGGAGGACCCAGGCGAGGGGAAGCCACGUUUGGGCCGCCUUCUUGGAACCCUGGACGCCCUCGGGCCCCCAACGCACAAUUUUCAGCUGAGGAUCCCAAUAGAUGCCUCUUUUCAAGCCUUUCUCCCCACCUGUGAAGUCUAGAAGCGUUAACAGCAUUCUAGGAAAGCCGACUCUGUCUCCUGCUAGUACGCCAAUCAGCAGGCACACAACGUGGUUUGUUUUUUUCCCUCCAUCCUUUAAUUUUAACCAGAAAGCCGCCAAAAGAGAAUGAAACAAGUCAGGCUAAUACUGGCUGUAAUUUUUAUUUCCAUAUACGAUAGGUAUAUAAAAUACAAAACCAUUGAGGCACUGUUGGUGGAGUUAAGCUAGCUAUCUUAAGGUUUCUCCUCCGAGAAACCCCAAAUGCUUGAUUGCUUAAAUGUUGAAAAACUGGUAGCACUGCAUAAAGAGGUUCGUUUCCCUUCAGGUAGAGUUGCAACAGCAUCGGUUAAAAAGGGAUGUUUUCUGUUUAUAAGGCAGGUUGUCUGGUUAUACGAUGACUUGCUAUUUGCUUUUUAUGAAGGGAUCAGUCAUGUAAUUGUAAAUACUAUAUAAGUUUGUGUACCCAUGCUAUUUUUUUUACAUAAAUAUAAAUUCCAAUGAUAAAAUCACCAGAGGAGUUAGUUGUUCUGAAUAAAGAUUCACCACGAGCAGAAA